AGCACUUGUAUCAGGUAUUUUUCCCUUCUGAGCACCAAGACCAACGAGGAAAGAGGAAGCAGAAACAGAUUUUCUUAAAUUCAUUUUUGGCGUUCAAAACAGUUUAGCAUAAAUUAGGAGAUGUCUGGCGAAAGACAGCCUCUGCUGAACCCACUUGCGUCAGGAGGUUACCCAAAUACAGGACACCAAGGCUAUGGUCCAGGUCAGCCACAACCCCCAUACCCCCAGGGUUCCUUGGCAGCCCCAGGGGGUGCACCCCCAGGACAGCAGGGGCCAGAUCAGGCAGCAGCAGCUACAGCUCCUCCCUUAGAGAAGAUGGACCAUGUUGCUGGCUAUGAAAAUGUGGGCUUUAAUGCAGCUGCUGCUCCCCCGCCAGCAUAUGCAGAUGCUGUGGCACAGGGUCCACCCCCUGAGAGGAGAGAUAUACAGAACGUACCUGUGAUAACAGAGGAACAAGCACGUGAAGCCAUGUUGCAGUAUGUAGCCGAGCACUGUUGCUACGGUAGCGGCACUGCUAAAGAGAUGGUGUUUAGAGACCUACAGUCUAGCAGUGCAUUCCAUUACACAUUGGAGACCUUCACCGAGAAACGACAGACAUCUUGGGCAUAUGAGCCUUACAUAGGACAGCCAAUUGACGGCCCACAUAACGGCCCUGCCCCAGGCCCCUGGGACAUACAGGUGCAACCACCCACAAAGUUCAAGACCCAACACUCCCAUGUGGAGGUCCCACACACUGCCUCUGUCAAGCCAUGCCAUGACUGUAUUGGGAAUGGCCGUGUGAGAUGCCACCAUUGCCAUGGCUGUGGACAUAGUCGCUGCCACCACUGUCACGGACAUGGGACCGUGGAGCGUUACGAGGAUGGACACCAUCAUCACCACACUUGUCAUGUCUGUCAUGGUUCUGGGAAUGCUAGGUGUCACGUCUGUCAUGGUCACGGUCAAGUCCCCUGCCGUACCUGUGACGCCAAGGGGAACUUAAAGUGCUUCAUACGCUUGACCAUCACAUGGACCAACAACAUGAAUGACCACAUCGUAGAGCGUACGUCCCUCCCUGAUGAACUGAUCCGGUCAGUGACUGGGCAAGUGGCCUUCGAGGAGGAACUUCCUCGUGUCUGGCCCAUCAACCACUUCCCAGAUGCAACCAUCAACCAGGCAUCCCAACAACUGGUAGAGAGACACAACACACAGUUCCAGAUGGAGAGGAUUUUGUUGCAGCGUCACCAAGUGCGUAUCAUCCCAGUGACAGAAAGCCUGUACACCUGGAAGGGCAAGGACUACAACUUCUUUGUAUAUGGCUUUGAGAAUAAGGUGUGGACGUCCAACUAUCCACAGUCCUGCUGCUGUGGAUGCACCAUCAUAUAGAAGACUGGGUUUCUUGACAUGGGUGCACAAU